AUGCUCUCCAUGCAAACGGCGGACUCGAAGAAUUCGCGUUUAGGACUGUCGAAACUGCCCGCUCUCAACACCGAUCACACCGGCUUCUCUCACGGCGCGUUCAACUCGAACAAUCCCUCGAUGCAGCAGAGUUUUGGAAAUCGCGAUUCGCGACGGGCUAACAUCCCUUCUAUCAACACUGGCUCCACGUUUCAGAACGGCAACGACCUUGGUGCUGGGUUCGACAUGAACGUCACUCCCCUGCUUCCGUCCCAGCUUUUGCUCGGCAGCCCUUUCCAGCCAGGCACCCCGUCUGCCUUUGCCUCUCCUCAAUUUGCCAACUUUGGCGGCUUUUCCCAGGCAAACUCGGGCCACAACCAAGGAGGCCAGAACCAGCUCGGCAGCCCAACCCAGGCCCACCAGAACGCUUUGUCUCCUCAACUAUACACUGGACUGGUAUCUGCCGAUGGAUAUGGUGGUUCGCAACUUCUCGGAGGGCCCCAGUCACCAAUUGGUGGCUUUCCAGGAAUGAGCAACCAAUUCAAUGUUGCUUCCAAUGCCGCAGUCCCUGGUAUGAUCUCUGGUACUAGCCGUACCGUGUACCUCGGAAACAUUCCGGCAGAAACCACGGCCGAGGAGAUCUUGAACCACGUCCGAAGCGGGCAAAUCGAGUCUGUUCGUUUGUUGCCCGAUAAGAACUGCGCCUUCAUCUCUUUCCUUGACAGCAGUUCUGCCACCCACUUUCACUCCGAUGCCAUUCUGAAAAAAUUGGCCAUCAAGGGAAACGACAUCAAGAUCGGAUGGGGCAAGCCUUCUCAGGUCCCAACCUCCGUCGCCGUCGCAGUGCAACAGUCCGGCGCAUCUCGAAACGUUUACUUGGGUAGCUUGCCUGAGGAUAUUACCGAGGACGAAUUGCGCGAAGACCUCGGAAAGUUUGGCCCUAUCGAUGCGGUAAAGAUCGUCAAAGAGAAAGCAAUUGGUUUCAUCCAUUUCCUGUCUAUCAGCAAUGCCAUCAAAGCAGUCGCCCAACUUCCCCAGGAACCUAAAUGGCAAGCACCUCGUCGAGUUUUCUACGGCAAGGAUCGUUGCGCCUACGUGUCCAAGACUCAGCAGCAAAACGCUGCCCAGUACUUGGGAAUUGCCCCUGGCUAUGCUCACGUUCUCAACAGUGCAGACCGCGAUUUGAUUUCGAACGCUCUCGCCCAGCAAUCUGUUGCAGCCGCAGCCGUCGCAACAACUGCCGGCGGUGUUAACAACCUGGGCAACCGAACAAUCUAUCUUGGUAACAUCCACCCCGAGACUACUAUCGAAGAAAUUUGCAACGUGGUCCGCGGUGGUCUUUUGCACCACAUUCGCUACAUUCCCGACAAACAUAUCUGCUUCGUCACCUUCAUCGACCCGACUUCCGCCGCAUCGUUCUAUGCCUUGAGCAACCUUCAGGGACUGAUGAUUCAUAACCGAAGACUAAAGAUUGGCUGGGGCAAGCAUUCCGGUGCUCUGCCACCGGCUAUCGCUCUUGCUGUCAGCGGCGGAGCUUCUCGUAAUGUGUAUAUCGGUAAUCUUGACGAGAGUUGGACGGAAGAGCGUCUUCGCCAAGACUUUUCCGAGUAUGGCGAAAUCGAGCUUGUCAACACGCUGAGAGAGAAGAGCUGUGCCUUUGUCAACUUCACCAACAUUGCUAAUGCGAUCAAGGCUAUUGAAGGUAUGCGUGGUCGUGAGGAAUACAGACGCUUCAAGAUCAACUUUGGAAAGGAUCGAUGUGGAAACCCUCCCCGACAGAUGAACAACAAUGGAAACCAGCAACAGAACAACCGCAACGGUGUCGAGGAAUCACACUCGGCGUCGCCUCUCAAUGGCUUCCAACAGAAUAUCAGCCAGGGUGGUUCGCAGUCAAGCCCAACACGGCCUGCCCUGUCGCCUGCUCCAGGCUCUACAGGGUCGCAAAACGGACAACAGCAGAACCGUCACCCCCUUCAAAAUUCGUCAUCUCCGUCGUCGAUCUUGAAUGCCGGUGGUAGCAACCCGUUGACGAUGUACCUCAACCAAGUUUCGGCACAGCAAGCUCAGGACCAGGAGGGCCGUCUGACAGACCCUAUGACUUUGGCGACUCUGCAGCAGCAGCAACACCAGGCUCUCGCUAACCAACAGGCUGCCCUUUACACUGGCGCAGCCUCGAAUGAAUUGAGCAAUGGAAGCGUUGCGGAGCCUUCUCUCCACCAACAAAAGCCGUCAAAUGGAUAUCUCAAUGUUUCGCAUGGACACUCGGGGGCUAGCCACGGCUCUUCCAACAGUCUCAGCGUUCCCCGGGCCCAACAUUCUCGCGCUGUCAGCCUGCCAUCCUUUUCCCAAGAGCCAUUUGGACCGACUCCCAGUCAAACAAACCACGGCCGCUCUGGACUGUCACACCAGACUCAGGGAAGCUUCUCCAGCUUUGGCUCGGCCUUGGGCGGUCUAAACCACAAUGGAUUCGGACUUGCCAUUCAAAAUGAAUCGUCUCUUCCGGGCUGGGCGGAAGAGGAGAUCGGGGCGAAGUGA